AUGAACUUUGCGGCCCAGUUUUUCUACGCCAACUACUUGAGCGAUGGCUUCUCACCAAAGGAACUUGGGUCCCACGAUGGAGAGGAGUCUGACCCCUUCUGGCAGAGUGAGGAGGAGCGCCAGAGCGCCAGGAAGGCCAGCACAAAGGGGCCCACCUCGAGCAAGACCAGCCACGUCUGCAACGGCGCCCUGAGCCGCCGCGCCACGCUCAUCGAGCCAGAGCGCCUCAAGGACUUUGGGGAAGAGGAUCUCCUGAACGGCGACGUGAAGACCUGGGAGAUCAAGGUCGAAGGCACCCCGGAGAUUCAACUAAAGGACCCCCCCAAAACCAGCAAGAAAAGAGACAGUGAAAGCAAAGCUGUCCCCAAGCCUACAUCCGAGUACCUCCGCUUUGAGGACAUUAGUGCUGCUGCCUUCAAAAUACAGUCGGGGAUACAGAAGACCCCCUGCACGUACUCCAGACUAUCCAAACAGUAUGGGAUGGAGAUCUACCUGAAGAAGGAACACCUCCACUACACAGGCUCGGCCAAGGAAAGAGGAGUGCUCUACCUGCUCUCCUCCCUCACGCUGGAGCAACAGAAGAAGGGUGUGAUCGUGGCUACAGACUGUAACUUCUCCAUGGCCGUGGCCCAUCACGCCGUGGAGCUGAAGAUCCCUGUGUUCGUCAUCAUGCCGGCCAGCUGUUCCCCGCCGCGCCUCAGGACCUACAGAGACUACGGUGCCAUGGUCAUCUCUUACGGCAGCACGGCCAGGGACUCCCUCAACCAUGCCCGCCACCUGGCCAAGGAGAACGGAUACCUCUGUCUGGAAGAGGAUGACAGUGCUGUAUACCUGGCAGGUCUGGGAACAAUGGGCAUGGAGAUCCAUGAGCAGGUGUCCAAACUAGAUGCUGUCAUUGUGCCUGCUGGUGGGCAGUGUGGCUUACUGGCUGGCACAGCGGUCGCCAUCAAACACCUCAACUCACGCAUCAUGGUCAUUGGAGUGGAACCAGAAGGAUAUCCUCUUCUACUACAAUCCCUUAAAAUAGACAGUCCAGUCAAAGACAUGCACAUCACUCCCAACAAUAAGCUCUAUGGAGACCUGGUUGAACACUCACUGGGUACCCACAACUUCCAGCUGGCUAAGAAACUAGUGGAUAAAGUCAUCUCAGUCAGCGAGGAGGACUCCCUGGUAGCCAUGUUGAGGUUCCAGGAGUUUGAGCGUGCCACUGUGGACACAGAGGGAGCGAUGGGACUGGCGGCCAUUUUGGCCGGCCAACUACCUGAGCUGAAGGGCAAAAAGGUUGCUGUGGUGGUGAGCAGCGCCAACAUGGAGCUGGACCUGGUCCGGCAGUGUGUGGAUCGGGCAUUGGUUCUGGAUGACCGGGUCAGCAAGUUUACAGUACAGUUGGGAGACUUCCCAGGAGACAUGGCCAAGCUACUGGACAUGCUGGCCCGAGAGGAUGUCAGGUUGUUGGAUGUUUGCCACAGGAGCCACGGCGACAGAGCAGAUCUCUUCAAGGUUCAGGUGGAGUGUGUGGUGGAAACCAGGGAUAAGAGCCAGGCUAGCCAGCUCCGCAGAACUCUGUCUGAGCGCUAUCCCACACUACGCUGGCUGGACCGGUGAGCGCACGGACACACGCCGUCAGCUGCUCUCCCCUUCGAUGUGCACACGCACACACAAGCAUACAUACAUAGACACACACACACACAGCAAUGCAUCACAAGACAAUACUAAGCAGAAAGCAAAUACAGUACAGAGAAGAUCGACACAGAGGACAGCAUCUAUAGAUCCUUAGUGAAAAAGAAAACACACACACACUGUAAAAGAUGAACUCUGCUGCAACAAAAUGUGAAGGCAUUUCCUGCAGCUGCUAUAU